CCGAUACUGACCAAUAAACGCUCCCGGUCGCGACACGACAUCGCGCCGCCACUGUCGUCAUCGCGCCGCGACACGCGGGCCAUGGCGGCGCUGUGGAGGGGCUGCGGGCGGCUGCUGGCGCGGCGCCCCGGGGCGGCACAGGCGCUCACGGCCGGGGCCCUCAUGGGAGCUGGGGAUGUGAUCGCACAGCAGCUGGUGGAGCGGCGGGGGCUGCAUGGGCACCAGGGCACCCGCACCCUGAAAAUGUUGGCCAUUGGCUUCUGCUUUGUGGGCCCUGUUGUGGGCAGCUGGUACAGGAUCCUGGAUCGGCUCAUCCCGGGGAACACAAGAGUCGUGGCUGUGAAGAAGAUGGUUCUGGACCAGGGGUGCUUCGCGCCGUGUUUCCUUGGCUGCUUCCUGGCCAUCACAGGGGCCACAAACGGGCUGUCAGUGCAGGAUAACUGGUCCAAGAUCCAGCAGGACUACACAGACGCCCUGAUGACCAACUACUGUAUCUGGCCGCCCGUGCAGAUUGCAAACUUCUACUUCGUGCCCCUGCAGCACAGGCUGGCUGUUGUCCAGUGCGUCGCCAUCAUCUGGAACUGCUACCUCUCCUGGAAAGCAAAUCAGAUGUGAGGCAGAAGCCAUGUCCCACCCCUGUCCCCAGCCUAUGUGCUGCCUCACCCUGCUGCACCUCUGGAGCCCUUUGAGUGGGUGCCUGUGGCUGUGGCCAGGCUGAAACAGGCAGGGUGCUGGCAGCAGCUGUCCCGCUCUGUCCUUGGGGAGACACCAUCACCACAGCCCCCACUGCCCCAGGGACACACUGGGGAGAAGAUGGUGCCAGGUCACCCCAAGACAGACCUGGAGUGGCUCAGGCUCCAUUUCCAGAGGCCUGGAGUGGCUCUGGCUCCAGCUCCGGCUCCAGCUCUGACUGUACCGGGUGGCAGGCAGCUCUGUCUGCAAUGUGUUUCUCCAUCAUGCUCAAUAAUCUCCUGGCCCCUGCCUGCACAGAGUCCUUGUGCCCCAUGCAUCACUCUGCCCUUCCCCAUGGUGCAGCCCUGGAGGAAGGAGGAGUGGGAGUACCACUGGGCCAGGGCUGGCCCUGAGCUGGCAGUACCAUGGGCACAGAGCUGGGGUCACUGCAGUCUGGGGGUGCUUCCCCUGAAAACGGGGUUUGCUGUGGCUCCAAUAAAUGGUAUUUUCCACUCUUGA